AUGACGACUGCCGAGCCCGGCAUUGACGUUGCCAUUGAGCGGGCGGAGCGGGAGGCGAGGGAGGCCAGUCAGGCUGUCGAGCUCGCCAAGAGCCGCAGCGACGAGCACGAGCGCCGCUCGUACCGACAGUCUGAGCGGGCGAGUGCUGGCAACGUGAUAAGCCAAUCGCGGCGGUCGAGCUUCUUUCAGUCCAAGAAGAUCAGCUACCGCGACGAAUCGGUGCCCCCGACACGGGCCGACCUGCUUCCGGACCCCAAGGUGAAGGCCUUCACACCGGCGUCGGAGUGGGAGCCGCUCCUCAAUGGCGAGGUUGCCGUGCUCGCGACGGUGCGAGAGUGGCUGGGAGGGGAGCGUUUCGACGCCGUGCCGUACGACCUGCUGAUGUGCUUCCUGCGAGGGUACGCCUACAGGCAGGACUGGGCCGAGACGGUGUACGUGGAGCUCUCCGAGGCGCUCGACUGGCGUGACCGCCACGCGGCGUCUUCCGCGCUGGCACACCCGCCGCCGCACCGCGCGCGCUUCGAGGAUCUCAACGAGAGCGGUCCCAUCGGGCACGACCAGGAGGGUCACAUCGUCGAGCUAGUCAAGCUCGGGCGGCUCAAGGUGGCGGAGCUCUUCAAGCACUUCGACGUGGAGGACAUCCUCCCGCACAUCGUGUACUCUGCCGAGGCCAAGCGCGCGUGCAAUCUGGCCAACUCGAAGGCGCGCAGGAAGCGCAUCUACAAGGUGGUGACGGUCAUCGACUGCGCCGGCCUCAGCAGCAGCGUGAUGGGCAAGCAGUUCCAGACCCUGAUGCGGAAGACGUCCGAGGUGCUCUCCGGCCACUACCCCGAAUCGAUGUGCAAGACGUACAUCAUCAAUGGCCCGUUCAUCGUGCGCGCCGUCUGGGGCGUCGCAAAGCACAUGAUGCACCCCAUUUCGGCGGCCAAGUUCUCCUUCCUUGGCUCCGACUGGAAGAAGGUCUUUGCGCGAGACGGCCUCAUCAUUGACGGCGGAACGCUGCCCGACAAGCUCGUCACGCGUGGCUGGGCGCCCCCGGAGGACCUCAGCUGCUUGGGAAAGCUUGCGGCCACGUGA